GUGAGUUUGCUUGAGCAUAUGACAUAGAUGCACAAGAAAGUGUUGGAUGUGUGAGUAAAAUAAGGAAGCUGGUUUGUCACCUCCACGCCGGGGCUGACAUGCAAAUCUGCGUUGUGGAAGAAGGAGCGGCGGCGCCACCACCCGUCGGUGUUUGUUGCUAGUUGUUCCGAACCCUUUUUCCGGUAGGGUAUGGAUCCUGAGCCCACCAAUAAGCCUGCUGCUGCCAUGGAAAUCAGUCGGGUUGAAUCUCGACCCGGACCCGGUUCCCCUCAUCGUCUCAACAAAUAUGCUUUUCUCAGUGCGCUUCUGGCUUCCACCAAUUCUAUCCUCUUAGGUUACGAUCUGGGGGUGAUGAGUGGCGCCGUCCUUUUCAUCAAGGAGACGUUCAAGAUUUCGCCGGUUCAGCACGAGUUGCUGGUCAGCUUGUUGAACGUUUCCUCCCUGAUUGGGUCCCUGGCUUCCGGCAAAACUUCCGAUUUGAUUGGCCGGCGUUACACCAUAGUCUUAGCGGCGGUGACUUUCGUGAUCGGAGCACUCCUGAUGGGGAUUGCCCCUUCGUAUCCCUACCUUUUAGCCGGCAGGGUGGUCGCCGGAAUCGGGGUCGGCUAUUCCCUCAUGAUUGCUCCGGUGUACACCAGUGAGCUGUCUCCGGCCUUGACCCGGGGGUUCCUCUCUUCUCUGCCGGAAGUGUUCAUCAAUGUUGGGAUUCUGAUUGGGUUUGUUUCUAACAUUGCCUUGUCUGGGCUUCCGGCGAAUAUCAGCUGGAGGCUCAUGCUGGGCCUCUCUGGGGUUCCGGCAAUUGGGAUCGCCCUUGGGGUUAUUAGGAUGCCGGAGUCUCCCCGGUGGCUGGUCAUGAAAGGGAGGCUCAGUGAGGCCAGGAUGGUUCUGAUCAGGACUUCAGAGAGUGAGGAGGAGGCAGAGGAGAGGCUGGAGGAAAUAAGUAAGGCGGCUUCCGUUGGCGGCAAAGGGGCAUGGAGGGAGCUUUUCCGGCCAACUCCGCCGGUGAGGCGGAUGCUAGUCACAGCCAUUGGAAUCAACUUCUUCAUGCAAGCCUCCGGCAACGACGCGGUGGUCUACUACACCCCGUUGGUGUUCCAGUCCGCCGGAAUCACCAACCGGAAGGGCCAAAUCGGGGUGACCAUAGCCAUGGGCCUGGCUAAAACCUCCUUCGUUCUGGUCUCCGCACUUUUCCUGGACAACUUCGGGAGGCGGCCCAUGUUGCUUCUGGGCACGAUGGGCCAGGCCGUUUCCCUCGUUGGGCUUGGUCUGGGCUCGACCUUUCUCGCGCACGCGCACCACAAGCCCAUAUGGGCCAUCGCAUUGUGCGUCUUCGCGGUCUGCGCCGACGUGUCCUUCUUCUCAAUUGGGCUUGGGCCGAUCACUUGGGUGUACUCAGCCGAAGUCUUCCCGCUCCGGCUGAGGGCCCAAGGAUCGGCCCUAGCGGUGUCGGUGAACAGGCUGGUGAGCGGGGUGGUCUCGGCCACAUUCCUAACCAUCUCUAAAAAGAUUUCUUUUGGAGGAAUGUUUCUUGUGCUCUCAGGGAUAAUGGUUUUGGCCACCCUUUUCUUUUACUUCCUCUUGCCUGAGACCAAAGGCAAGAGCCUGGAGGAAAUGGGGGCCCUGUUUGGAGACAAAAAAGACGACAAAGGCCGAGAAUUUGAAAGAUAGGGGCUAAACUAUUUCGUUGGUAUUUAUGUAUGAGUUUGAUAUGGUUAUUUGGUUUAGUGUAUAACUAAGACUGGUUAUGGUUUCAU